AUGACUUUGGACCGCCCAGCUGAUGCAAACCUCGACCAGCUCGCACCAGCAAGUCAAGUCAUCAAACCAAACAACCAAGAUGGCCACCCUCCUCCAGGCACUCCCAGCUCGAACCCUCCCAACCAUCAUCUGGACGACAGACAUGUUCAAGCACAAUUAAACGAACUAGCCCCACUUGCCCAUCGAGUCGAUCCGGAUGACUCCGCUUGGGAGAUGGAGCGAGGCUCGGCCAAGCAGGUUCAGGCAACCACCGACCGCACUCGGAUGGCACUCGAGAAGCAAAACAACAUUCGCAUCAAGGCUGCCCAGCCAAAACAUGUAUCCGAGACCAGCAGGAACCUCAGCUUUGUCAGAUACACCUCCAACGGCGAGGAGGGCAAGCAAAGAAUCAUCAAGAUGGUCGAAACGACGCGUUCAUCUAAUAACUCGGGCUACGCCGAGGCGCAGCUGAUCGCCCCGAUGACCUUACUGAUCGAGUUCCUAUCAACGGCAGGCUUCGAAAACCGCUUCGCGUACAAUAAGUAUGCCAACCGGAAGUUCCACAGUGCGAGCGUAUUUGCGCGAAACCAGGCUUUGAAGCGGGGCCACGAGGAGGCUGGUCAUGAAAUCCAUGAAAUCAUUUGA